CCCCCGCCCUCCCAGGCCCCGCGCCCCGCGCCCGGGCCCCGGCGAUGGUGACACAUGCGGCGGCGGCGCGCCGGCGGCAGGACCAUGGUUGAGCACGCCAGCAAGUUCGUGCUGGUGGUGGCGGGCUCGGUGUGCUUCAUGCUCAUCCUGUACCAGUACGCGGGCCCGGGGCUGAGCCUGGGCGCGCCCGGCGGCCGCGCGCCGCCCGACGACCUGGACCUGUUCCCCACGCCCGACCCGCACUACGAGAAAAAGUACUACUUCCCGGUGCGCGAGCUGGAGCGCUCGCUGCGCUUCGACAUGAAGGGCGACGACGUGAUCGUCUUCCUGCACAUCCAGAAGACGGGCGGCACCACCUUCGGCCGCCACCUCGUGCAGAACGUGCGCCUCGAGGUGCCCUGCGACUGCCGGCCGGGCCAGAAGAAGUGCACCUGCUACCGGCCCAACCGCCGUGAGACCUGGCUCUUCUCCCGCUUCUCCACCGGCUGGAGCUGCGGGCUACACGCCGACUGGACCGAGCUCACCAACUGCGUGCCUGGCGUGCUGGACCGCCGCGACCCCGCCGCGCUGCGCACCCCCAGGAAGUUCUACUACAUCACCCUGCUGCGAGACCCCGUGUCCCGCUACCUGAGCGAGUGGCGGCAUGUGCAGCGGGGGGCCACCUGGAAGACGUCACUGCACAUGUGUGACGGGCGCACGCCCACGCCUGAAGAGCUGCCGCCCUGCUACGAGGGCACGGACUGGUCAGGCUGCACGCUGCAGGAGUUCAUGGACUGCCCCUACAACCUGGCCAACAACCGCCAGGUGCGCAUGCUGGCCGACCUGAGCCUGGUGGGCUGCUACAACCUGUCCUUCAUCCCUGAGGGCAAGCGGGCCCAGCUGCUGCUGGAGAGCGCCAAGAAGAACCUUCGCGGCAUGGCCUUCUUCGGCCUGACUGAGUUCCAGCGCAAGACGCAGUACCUGUUCGAGCGGACGUUCAACCUCAAGUUCAUCCGGCCCUUCAUGCAGUACAACAGCACCCGGGCGGGCGGCGUGGAGGUGGACGAGGACACCAUCCGGCGCAUCGAGGAGCUCAACGACCUGGACAUGCAGCUCUAUGACUACGCCAAGGACCUGUUCCAGCAGCGCUACCAGUACAAGCGGCAGCUGGAGCGCAGGGAGCAGCGCCUCCGGAGCCGCGAGGAGCGCCUGCUGCACCGCGCCAAGGAGGCGCUGCCGCGGGAGGACGCCGAGGAGCCAGGCCGCGUGCCCACCGAGGACUACAUGAGCCACAUCAUCGAGAAGUGGUAGUGGGGGUCAGUGCCGUGCGGAGGCCCCUGGGUGGGGCAGCGAGACGGGACAGACAGACCCACAGGCAGACGGGGCUCACGCAGGACUGGCCGGGGAGGCCUCCCGGACCUGCUGCACAGGGCAGAUGCAUCCUGACGAAACGGGGCCGGGGUGGGCCCGGGGGUUCCUGCUGCUUCUCCCGGGCCAGGGGUCCGAGGGGUUGGCCUGUGCAGCCCUGUGGGUCAGAGCAAAGCGAGCUUGAAGGAGGCCCUGGGCAGGGUGGGCCUCUGGGCCAGGGGCGUCCCUGUUCUCGUGGCCCCCAGGUCACUGGCACAACAGCCGAAGGUCUAAAGAAGAGACCCAGACAGUGGGGAGUGGGCCUGCCAGGCCCGGAGCGUGUCCUCACCAACUAUGCACACAGCGCUCGCUCCCAGCCCCUCUGUCCCGCCAGGAGGGUGAGCGACCAGCUCCCAGCAACUGGCCUGGGGCUGGGGGAGCUCCCAGCUCAGCCAUCUACUUCAAGGUCAGGGCCCGCCCUGCCUGGGGCAGAGAAGACUGGAGUCCAGCCCCCAGGAAGCCCACUCCCCUUUCUGGCUGAUGGUCAGAACCUGCAGUCCAGCUUCAUGCUUCAGGUCAGGGGUCAAAGCAGACCUCUGGGGCCCGCAGUCCUCAGACGGGGGAGGGCUGUGAGGGGCAGGCCCUACCCUGCACUACCCCCACCCAUGGCCGGGGUGGCGGCCCAGGCACCGGAGGCUGUAGCCAGUGAUGCUGCCACCUGUGCCCAAGCAUCUGGCUGGCCUUUAGGAGUGACCACCCAGGCAGGCCAGGCUCAGGCGGGGGGGGUGGGCGGAGAGAGGGCUGGGGGGGAGGACAGAGCCCCACCUGCCCCCUUCUCCUUUCUAACCUCUGGAACUUGUUAGCAGUCUGCCCCCAGCCCCCAGCUCCAUCACUGGGACAUUUGUCCCAAGGGCUUAGAUCCCACUGCUCCCAUGGCCCCGUGUAUGAAAGGACAAUCCAGCUUCCAUCCUCCGGAACGUGGGACCGCAGCUCCUGCCCGUGAGCCAUGCCCGGGCCAUGGUGGUGAGGGAAGGGGGCACAGGCUUUCAGAUUCUCAGCCAGGGUUGGGAGAAGCGGCUCUGGGCGGCCUCCCUGGUAUCCAGGCACUGAGCCCUCCACACCCAGCUGUUCUUGCAUUCCCAACCAGCCCCCAAGACUGGUCAUCUCUGUCCGCAGCAGCACCACAGGCCAGCAGUGGCCCUACCAGAAGCCAUGUCACAUAUCCAUUGUAAGUACUCCCAGUUCCCCGUCCCCCGUGCACCCUAGGAGGCCAGGCUGGUGUCUUCUCGGGUGGGCCGACACCCAGGCGACAAGGCCCCAGGCUCUCCUGAGAGCAGGUGCAUGUGCCCAGGGGCUGCAGGCCUCCUGGCCCGGGGUGAGGGCUGUAGCCUCAGCAGAUCAGCUGGAUCCCGCACAGGAAGAGCCAGGCAGGGUGUGAUCAGAUGAGGUUGCUACUCAGGAGGACGCGGCUUUCAUCGUGGCUUGUCUGGCACAAGGGCCCCAGCCCCGGGCUUCCUACACUGGCCAUUUCGCCUUGGGGUCCAAGGGCAGGGCAGGCAACAGGCCAGGUGGGCACUGUGCCAGCCCAGCCCAGGGCCACCGCCAAGGUGGGUGUGUCACACUAAGAAGGCGAGUGCCAAGGUGAUUUAGUAGUGUGGCUCUUUAAAGAGGUCAGAGUCAGUGGGGGUGGGGGGAACCUGCUCUGACACUUGUCAUUUGGGGUGGGUGCACUCCUGGGAGGAGGCUGGGGCAGUUCAGGGGAGCCUGGGGUCUUGCACAAGCCACAUGGGGUGCCGCGGCCUCGUGUCGGGAGGUGGGCACCCAGCUGGUGGCCUGGUCAAGAGGGCCCUCCUCACCGUGGGCUCCCUGCGUGUGCCGGCCCCGGCACGGGGUCUGUGCUGUACAUACUGGAAUAUGUUCUAACUUGUGCCCUGCCGUCCCAGCCCACACGGAAGCACCGGGCUCUUCUCGGUCUCUCUGCUGCAUUUGGAAAGCAGUCUCUUCUCAGGCCAGUGCCAGGCCGAGGUGCCGGAGGUGGCAGUGGCCGGAAGUGCCCUCAGCCUGCCGCGUGUCCAGCCCGGCACUUCCCACUCAGGCCACCUGCUUUGGGGCGGAGGCUCCUUGUGCCUGCGGCCGGCGUCUGGACUCUGAGGACUGUGCCCACGCAGGCCCCCCACCCGGGCUGAGAAGACAGACGCAGGCAGGCAGUGCCAACGGCCCGGUCACCGGGACCCCCAGACCUGCAGACGUCCCCUCCUGGAGGGGAUGCCAGGGACAGCAGAAUCGUCCAAGCAACAACUCUGUGAACUUUUUGGGAACUGGAACUGUUUAACUUGAACCCAGGAGCGUUUAAAGCUUUAUUUAUUUAUAGCUUCUUAAAAAAAAAAAGUGAGAAGAAAAUUUUUUGGUUAUUCAUACAAAAAAACAAGUUGAUGACGGAAAAGCAAGUCAUAAUCAUCUAAUUGUUCUUGUCUAGGUCGAGAAUGAAUGUUAGCAGACGAAAUAAACCCUGAAAAGGA